UUUCCGAGUGCUCUGGUGCGGGUUUCGCUUAGUAGCUGAGUGGUCCUGUGUGCUGUGUGCUCUUGUUCUGGAUUCUGUGGAGCGUGCUCAAGCAAGCUCCAAAGUUGCGACAUGAAUGCACUGACCUAUGAUGAUGUGCAUGUGAACUUCACUCGAGAAGAAUGGACUUUGCUGAAUCCUUUACAGAAGAGUCUCUACAAAGAUGUAAUGUUGGAGACCUACAGGAACCUCAAUGCUGUAGGCUACAAUUGGGAAGACCACAAUAUUGAAGAACAUUGUCAAAGUUCCAGAAGACAUGGAAGGCAUGAAAGAAGUCAUACUGGAGAGAAACCGUCUGAAAAUACUCAGUGUGGUAAAGCCUUUACAUGUCACAGUUAUCCUCAACGACAUGAAAGAAUUCAUACUGGAGAGAAGCCCUAUGAUGGUAUUCAGUAUGGUGAAUCCAAUGUACAUCACAGUAGUCUCCAAAUACAUAAACUAAUACAUAUUAGAGAGAAACCCUACAAAUGCAAUCAAUGUGGUAAAGCCUUUACACGACACAGGGAUCUCCAAAUACAUAAAAGAACACAUACUGGAGAGAAACCCUAUGAAUGUAAUCAAUGUGGUAAAGCCUUUGCACGAUGGUCUCGUCUCAAAAUGCAUAAAAUAACACAUACUGGAGAGAAACCUUACAAAUGUGAUCAAUGUGGCAAAACCUUUGCAAAUCAAAGUUAUUUCCAAGUACAUAAAAGAAUACAUACUGGAGAAAAGCCCCAUGAAUGUAAUCAAUGUGGUAAAGCCUUUGCAUAUCAUAAUCAUCUUCAAAUACAUAAAAGAACACAUACUGGAGAGAAACCCUAUGAAUGUAAUCAGUGUGGUAAAACCUUUGUAGCUCAUCGUAAUCUCCAAGUACAUAAAAGAACGCAUACUGGAGAGAAACCCUAUGGAUGUAAUCAAUGUGGUAAAGCCUUUGCAUCUCAUAAUUAUCUCCAAGUACAUAAAAGAACACAUACUGGGGAGAAACCCUACGAAUGCAGUCAAUGUGGUAAAGCUUUUGCAUAUCCUGGUUACCUCCAAGUACAUAAAAGAACACAUACUGGAGAGAAACCAUAUGAAUGCAAUCAAUGUGGUAAAGCCUUUGUAGGUCAGAAUGUUCUUAAAAGACAUGAAAAAAUUCAUACUGGAGAGAAACCUUACAAAUGUAAUCAAUGUGAUAAAGCCUUUGUAUAUAACAAAGGUCUCCAAGCACAUAAAACAACACAUACUGGAGAGAAACCCUAUGACUGUGAUCAAUGUGGUAAAGCCUUUACAAGACACAGGGAUCUCCAAAUACAUAAAAGAAUACAUACUGGAGAGAAGCCUUAUAAAUGUAAUCAAUGUGGUAAAGCCUUUGUACAACAGACUCAUCUCAAAAUGCAUAAAAUAACACAUACUGGAGAAAAACCUUACAAAUGUGAUCAAUGUGGCAAAGCCUUUGUAAAUCAAACUUAUUUCCAAGUACAUAAAAGAACACAUACUGGAGAGAAACCAUAUGAAUGCAAUCAAUGUGGUAAAGCCUUUGUAAGUCAGAAUGUUCUUAAAAGACAUGAAAAAAUUCAUACUGGAGAGAAACCUUACAAAUGUAAUCAAUGUGAUAAAGCCUUUGUAUGUAACAAAGGUCUCCAAGCACAUAAAACAACACAUACUGGAGAGAAACCCUAUGACUGUGAUCAAUGUAGUAAAACCUUUGUAUAUCGUUGUUAUCUCCGAGUACAUAAAAGAAUUCAUACUGGAGAGAAGCCUUAUAAAUGUAAUCAAUGUGGUAAAGCCUUUGUGCAACAGACUCAUCUCAAAAUGCAUAAAAUAACACAUACUGGAGAAAAACCUUACAAAUGUGAUCAAUGUGGCAAAGCCUUUGUAAAUCAAACUUAUUUCCAAGUACAUAAAAGAAUACAUACUAGAGAGAAACCCUAUGAAUGUAAUCAAUGUGGUAAAGCCUUUGCAUAUGAUGAUCAUCUUCAAAUACAUAAAAGAACACAUACUGGAUAGAAAGCCUAUGAAUGUAAUCAGUGUGGUAAAACCUUUGCAGCUCAUUGUUAUCUCCAAGUACAUAAAAGAACACAUACUGGAGAGAAACUGUAUGAAUGCAAUCAGUGUGGUAAAGCCUUUGCAGGUCAGAAUGUUCUUAAAGGACAUGAAAAAAUUCAUACUGGAGAGAAACCUUACAAAUGUAAUCAAUGUGGUAAAGCUUUUACAUAUCAUAGUCAGCUCCGAGUGAAAGGCUGGAGAAUCUUAGAAUGUAUAAUGUAUAACUUUUACCUAAAAGUGGGGCAUGGAAAACCUCUGCCACAAGCCAAAGAAA